AGAAAAUGAAUAAUUAAAGGAUUUCUCAUUAUAAAUGGAAAAUAUAUAAAAAAAGAGAUGUAAUAAUAGAAGUAAUAAAGCUGAUAUGAUAGUUAUUUAGUGGAACUGAAAAACAAUUGAGCAAAAUUAAAAUUUUUAAAUGAUUAGUUUAUGGAUGUAAAUAAAUAAGGAGAAGAUUAAUUUAGGGAAUGUAGUAAAAGAAAAGUACUCAUUAAAUGAGGUUAUAGAAAUAUCGUUAGAUGAGUAUAUGUUGAGUGCUUUAAGUAAAAUUCAGAAAUAAUAUAGGAUUUAAAAAAAGGACGAAGGGUUUGUAUAGAAAAGGAGAAUAAAAAAAGAGAAAAUAGAAUAAUUUAUAAAAAAAAGUUUGUUAUUUAAUUUAGAGAAUGGUAGAGCAUUUUGAAUUUGAGAAGAAAUGUAUUUGUAGAUUAUUUAAUUAAUUUAAUAAAUUCUAGAUUUUAAUUAUAUUAUAAUUCCAGAUUGCCACGUAAGCAUAAAUAAUUGUAUGA